AUCCUUCCGUCUAGCAUUUACAGGUUGCAAAAUCUUGAAGUCUUACAACUUCAUGGCUGCUCAAAACUAAUCGAGUUUCCAAAAGAAGAGGUGGAUUUGAGUGAACCCCAUACAGAGACGGGAUUUCCCAAGUUAUUGGAGUUGAAUCUUGCGUUUUGCCUUCUAUCAAAAGAAGGAUUCUUGGAAAACCUUUCCAGUUUUCCCUGCUUACAAUAUUUAAAUUUGGAGGGAAACAAUUUUACUAACCUUCCUACGUGCGAGAAACGAUAUGACUUGAAAGGUUUGAAUGCUUCGAAUUGCCAACAACUACGAGAGGUUCCUGAGAUUCCAAGGAAGUUGAGAAGACUAGAGGCAUACAAUUGCAAAUCUCUUCAAGUGAAUAAUUUGUUCAAGCUUGAGAAAUUUCAUCGCCAAAUAAAUCGCCAAGUUAUUCUACCUGGAGGAGAGAUGCCAAAGUGGUUGCUCCCCAAUGAAGAUGGUUAUAUAUCUUUUGUGGCUUCAAAGGAUAUGUAUAAAAAGAUCCUAGGAGUAGCAUUCUGUGUUGUAUUUCGAGUAGAAGGAACUAAAAAAAACUGGACAUUUGAGGUUAUGGGAGUUGUUGAUGGCAAAGUCACAAAACACAUGAGGUUUGUGAGGUCAUUCAAUUCGGAUCAUGUGUGGCUCGAGUAUAUGGAAUCAAAGAAGGUGUGGACAGUAGACCCUUUCAGUCCAAAUGACUCGAGUCAUUUCCACUUUAGCAUUAGAACAUUGGGUUAUUGUUAUUCUGGGACUAUACGUAUGACUGAUGAAUUAAUUGUGAAAAAGUGUGGAUUCCGACUAAUAUGCAAGCCACUAGAGAAUGAUGCUGAGGUUUUGCUUGAAGAUGAUCAGUUGCUAGAUCCAGCUUUACUUUACGAGGUUUUGCAUGAAGAUAACCCCGCGAGCACAGAGAAAGAAAAUUCAAGUGAAACAGAAAAUUUACAAGAUAGUGAACCGUUCACAAAGAAAGAAGAAUUGAACAUGGUCGACUUCUCAAUUGAGAGAUGCCAGAGGUGUUUGUCCUUGUUGAAGACAGUACUAUGUCUUUCAUGGCUUCACAAGACUUGUUUAACAAGUUCAAAGCAUUGUAUCUGUGUGUUGUCGUUGGUGUAGAAGAUGGAAAAAGGGAAGUAUCUUUUGACAUCAUACCGCAUGUUAACGACCGAAGGCGGAAUGUGCUAUCAGGAACUCUUGGUUCAUUUGAUACGGAUCAUGUGUGGUUUCAACUUUUGUUUCCAAAUUUGUUGUGGGGAUUUUUAGA